AUUUCCGAGGCUCUUAUUUGACUCGACCUGACAUCUUUUCACCUAACUAAACCUUUGUUUGAAUAAACUACUCAAAUUUCAAAGACCGUUUCCAAUCAAUCAUUCUUCUUGUUCAACUUGACCAUGUCACAAAAACUAUUUUGCAGUGGAAUAGAACUUGCAUCAUUGGUAACAAGUUCUCGUAUCCUUUGUAAAUCAUGGAGUGUUAUAUCAUCUGAAUCUGAAACUGAAUCUGAUCAUGAAGAAGAUAUUGUUUCAAAUGAUGGUGUUGGACUUUCUUGGAAAGUUGAUAGAGAACAUGGUCCAGAUUUGAUGGUUAUAGCAUUUAAGGCUACAUUAGAUUCUGUUCAAGCUGAUUUUGUUUCUUCUUCUGAUCUUAAGGAGGAUAAUUUCCUUGUCUUUGAGUUUUUGUGUUCUACGAGAAUUCCAAUUUUCUCUCUUAACCACACUGCUGUUUCACUCUUUCGCCAAAAUCAUCAAGAACUUGAUAGGUUGAAAUCCCAGAUCGUUAGUUCUAAUCCACGGACUCCGUUGAUUGUUACUGGACAUGGUCUCGGAGGAUCAAUUGCUUCUCUCUUUAUCAUAUCACUAUUUCACAGCAUUGGUUCAGGAAAGAAUCGUCCACUCUGCAUCACCUUUGGCUCACCCCUUGUUGGUGAUAGGAGAUUUGAACAAGCUAUCUCACGUAGUUCUAUUUGGAAUUCUUGCUUCAUACAUGUUGUGUCGCACAAAGACCCUCUUCCAAGGCUCUUCAUUACAAAUCGAACCAGUACCUACAUGCCUUUUGGAAGAUUUAUCAUGUGUUCUGAUGCAACCACUUUUGAAAGCUCAUAUUCUAUCUUGGAAAUUUUCAUGGCAUUGGCCUCAGUCCAUGAUAGAAAUAAAGGACUUGAAUCUGUUGAUUAUGGAAAUAAAGGACUUGAAUCUGUUGAUUAUGGAAAUAUAGUAAAAAAUCUCUAUCUUAAAGCAACAUGCAUAGAUUUUUCCACUCAGGCUGAAAACACGACCGAUCAAGAUUCACUAGCAACUGGUAUUAGUUUGCAGUUGGGGGCACUAGAAUUGACACCACAUAUGCAGCAGCAACAGGAGAACAUUGAUAUCAAUACUCUGGAAACAAAGUUAAAAGAACUAGAAAAAAGUUUCAUCCUGCAGAAGAAGACAUUAUUUGAUCCAUCGAAGAAAUUGAAUAAUAUGAAGGUAAUUAUGGCUCAACUUGAAUGGUACAUAAAGAAAUAUAGGAAUCUAAAAAUAGGGUACUACGACAGCUACAAAAACAUGAACCAACCAGAUGUCUAUGAUGUUGUUCAUUUCCAAAAAACGCUCAGUAGUUACUGGGAAAAGAUGGUUGAAGAAGUUGAGAUGAAGCCUCAAAAAGAAGGUGCAGCUUUUCGUACCCGUUGGCUAUAUGGUGGGACUACUUACAGGAGAAUGGUUGAACCUCUAGCUAUUGCUGAUUACUAUAGAGAUGGUGGUAAAGACUAUGUUAAUGAAAAAAGGUCGAAACACUUCAAACAGUUGGAGUAUUGGUGGAUGGAAGAGUCAAAAAAUGCGACGAGUGAUAUAAACAGUACACGUAAAAAGAAUGUGGAAGCUAUUUUGACUAUAGAUUCUUGCUUUUGGGCACAUGUUGAAGAGGCCCUUCUUUUAUGCCAAGAGUUGAAAGUUGUCAAAGAGAAUGAAGAGGCGCUAAAGAAAUUGUUUGAAUUUGAGGUGUAUGUUUAUGAGUUGCUCAAGGAUUAUGCAGCGUCCCCAGAUAUUUUUCUGUCACAAUGCAGCUAUAUUCGUUGGUGGAAUGAGUAUAAAGAAAUUAAGGGAUCAUCAUACACUUCAGCACUCGCGAACUUCAUGAACGAUGCUUCAAAUUUCAAGCAGUAUGCUGUAGGAGCUUAUGAUUUCCCCUGAAGUGUAUUCACUAUGUAAUAAAGAGUGUGCGUAUCAUAUGUGUUUGUUUUUUUUCCCCUUAAAACAAAAUCUUGUGUAUUUGAGAGGUGUGGCAGCUACGCCUCCAAAUAUUUCUGAUUCUGCAA